AUGAUACCUAUUGGCUUGGCCUUUGCCAACAUUCAACGCGUUGACGAUCUUUACCCAUUUGUUUUCCAUUUCAAUGAAGAUGCGAGUUGCGAAUUGAUUCAGGCACCCACACAGGACGAGGAUCCUUCCGAACUCUUAUUGAAUGGCUUGCAGCGCAGUGUGGCAAUUCACACUCUUCAACAACUUCACGUUGUCCCUUACUUUGGUAAUGCAGUAUCAGAAUGGGUUCGUCGCUUCUUGGCGCGAUCCCAGCAGAAUCUUGAGAACUGUCUUGUUGCUUUGGCUAUAUUAGGCGGUGAAAAGAGCUGUGAGUUUUGCCAACACAAGACAUAUGGGGCAGUUGUUUUGGAUUCCAUAUCUGAUGUUGCCUCUAAGGCUAUUGUUUGCCUCGAAGCCGAUGGAGACAUGCGCUUAUUUUCUACGAGUCUUUUAAGUCUCAAACCGUCCUUUGUAAGCCCACCGAUAUUUUCCCUUUCUGAGACGGAGAGUCUGAAGUGCUCCACCUGGCUUCUCGGAGAGCUCUGCCGGAGUCUGUACGAGGCUUCUGUGAUUGUGCCCCUGCUGAAUUGCGAAGAAGAAAGACGAAGGGAAAUUGAGGACCUUUUCUUUGAGUCGACUACAAAUACCAUGAACUUGGACUUUGUGGGGCUUCUAUGUCGUGGUGCUGAUGUGGCCGAUGCAGCAGAACAGGCUCCUCCAACUCCUCUGGAUGGACUUUUGCCAAGGCUUCAAUCGACUUCAGCUUCAUUCAAGAUGGUCAAUGGUCGCCAAGUAGCGUCAGCAACUCCUGUAACAGUUGACAAGCGGUUGUCGAGCAACUCACUUUUUGCUCCUAAUCCUUCCAUUGGUGUGACUUCUCGCAGUGGCUAUUCUGUGAUUCGUGGCAAUGUGCUACUUGAAGACGUGUUUUCAUUCGCAGUGAGCAUAACAACUGAGGAGAAUGAAGACUUCCUAUGGUACGUGGGUGUUUCAUCGGAGACUAGGAUGUAUGUAGAUCCUAGAAAAGUGGCACUCUGUAAGAAAACAUGGGCUUUGUGCUGUCAAGACUCCACGGAGACGAACAACAUCAACUGCUCGGUUGAGCCUGGAAUGAUUAUUAGUGCUGAACACAUUUUAUUUGGCUCAGGAGAUAUUGUUAUUGUACAGGUGGAUCGUGGUGAGGGAACGGUAUCAUUCUCUCGCAUAAGAUGCGGUAAACGUGUGGACUUUGGUGUCUUGUUCGAGACAAUUCCAAGUAAGGAAAAACUUCGGCCUUUUAUCUUGGCGGGUCCGAAUUCUGUUGUGGUUUUCUCCUUUUUGGGAUGCAGCAUGUUUCCUUCGAGGAGUAUCUUUCCUCCCAGCAGCGUUACGUCUUGGAAGAACAGCUCCAGUUCGAUGCGGUGUAGCUCAUGCGAGGUGGACUUGGAGUCGUUCUGGUACGAAGGUGAGGGUGGCAUUUGCUUGUGCCGUGACUGCUUCACCUGUUGGAAAUACCCCAAAGCAAUGUUCCACUUGUCGCAAGCUGAAGUACCUGUUUCAGACUAUCUUGUCUCACAGCAUAGUCCAAGGAAACUGCUUGUAGACAGCUUUGUAGAGUUUGUUGAAGACACGGUAUUUACCUGGGUAGAUGAUAAGAGUGUAAAUGUGGAUAUAGAGGGAAGCAUCUGUGUGGCGAGAAGAGACACCGCUUUCGCUUCACUGGAGACAUUCAAUGCCUUUGGUAAUCAGCGUAUUGAUGUUUGUCUGGGACAUGUGGCUGGUGUGGACGGUUUUUCAUUUGGGGGAUUACAGCCUUUUAGUCCAUUGUGGCGAAUUGAAAAUACGUCGAGUGUACGCUGCAGUGUUGAUAGUGACAUGCUUUUGGUAAGUUCCUCAGUGAUUCCACACGGCACAAAAGUUGUGAUGGAGUUAAAAUUUAGCAGUGAAGAUGAGAGCCGAACAUUGAACGCGGCUGGGAUAUUUAUUGGUGUGACAAAUUUAUUGAGUGACUACCGAACUAUAAGCAUGGCUGAGCUUGAACGUCGCAUCGCAAAUCACAAUAUGUGGGGUACUUGGUGUGAUACUAGGAAAAAGAUAUCACCAUCUCUAACCGUGUGGCUUCUUGUUGACAUGACGAGGGGAUCCAUCAUGGUGAGCUCUUCACUCUCAGGGCUUUACAUGCACCCCGUAGUGGUGACCUGUAACUGCCCUGUUGAAGAAGAAGCGAACCUCCGCGUUGCCAUUUUUUCUCACGACCGUUGCCAUGUUACCUCUUGUAGUGGAUUUGUCUCGUUGAAUGAUAGCAUCGUGAGACCAAGCCCUUCACCUCUGGCUAUAGGCCUUGUCCCAGAAAAUGUUAUGGAUUCCAAUUGUGAGGUUAUAAAUACCUCUUGUUUUCUUUUCGAUACUCUUGCUCGGACCACUACACAAACCGCUGCGUCGUGGGAACUUGCCCCACUGGUACACCAGGAAGAAACGGACGUGCUUUUUUCUAUUGGUGAUACUAUCACUAUUGUACAAGAACAACUCAUACUCACUGUAUAUCGAAAUGGGUUGCUUAUUGCUACACAGACACUAUCAGAGGAGUUCCUUUCUACGCCUCAACGGUUUGUUGUCUAUUUUUCUACGCGGGGAAUGAUCGCAACAACUGUUCCACCUCUAUACGGGAAGUCCCACCUCGGUAAAGUUAUUCGCACUUACGGUACAGAAAUCGGAAUCGUGGAGUGUAUAUGCCCAUGCCAGGGAAAUCGGCGGUACGCAGUGAGGAGGAAAGAAGUCCGAUACUGUGCGCUCCCUGCAGAUACACAGACAAUUGAUGUAGGUACGCGUGUGGCUUUUAAAGCCGGGAGCUUGAAUGUACCAAAGCGUGGUACUGUAAUGUCCAUCGAAAAUAAUGCGGCAAAUAUACGAGAUGAUGAAGAGAAACGUACCUGGUUUUCUGUGGAAAUGGGCUGUAUUUACUUGUUGGAAAACGAGGGCCCUGAAGAGGUAUCUCAAGGUUUGUAUCCGCUCCUCACGCUCCCCUCCAGCAGUAUUACACGUGUGUUUGAAGUUGGUAAAACAAAGUAUCGACUGCAACGCAACGGGUCUUACAAUGGAAUCAUGUUUGAUGUUCAGGCACACAAUCCUGUCGUACUGACGGGUUUGUCCGUUUUGACCUACACAACUGGACGACAUCGAGUGGAGGUCUUCUUCAAGAAGGGAUCACACCACACGCAUGAACGAGAGGCUGGAGCCUGGACGAAGGUGUUCUCAAACCUUGUGGAGAUGCACUCGGAGCGACAGUUCACCAUUACGUUCCCUGGAAUUCAGGCGGAGGCUAAUACAACCUUCUCCCUUUAUAUAAAUGCCACACACAAUUGUGGGGUUGGACAUUACUCGAAGGAGGACGGGUGCACUGGGGCUAUUUCAAACAAGAUGGACUCGGAUGGAACGCUUACUGUAUUCGUGGGACGCACGAGUGAAAGUAGUUCACCAUUUUUCGAAACAAGUUCUACGCCACGGGGAUUUUGCGGCUCCAUUAUGUACAUGCAGAGCAUGGACACAAGGCCUCCGUUGGUAGAACGAAUAUCAUCAUCUUCUGUAGAGACACCCUACACGAAUUGUGAUAAGAACAGUAACACUGUGAUUCUACGAAGUCACCCUGUAACAUCAUCUUUGGCUUCUACAGCAGAAUUUGUCGUUGAGGUUAUUGGUGGCCCCAUUGUGAUUCGAAAACUCUACCUCCCGAUGCUCCUGGAUUCCAGCGUCAGACAGUGUGUUGGAUCAUUGCAGUUGCGUGUGUCUCUUUUCUACGCCCCCAUGGAUAGCCAUGCUGAUGCGCAGGAGAAGGAGCGGCGGUGGGUAUGGGCCUAUCAUGCGGUGAUGCCUCUUCGCAGUGACACUUGUUGGUUUCGUAUGGAAGACAUGGAAGUUUUUUUGAAGAGGGGGAAUUAUAUAUUUAAUGCGGUUUGUGAGAAGGAUGUGGGAGGCGUAGGCGUAGGACGGGGAGAAGGAGGAGGAGAGCGCCUAGCGUGUUUCCUCAAGGCAAAAGAGGAAAGCUACACUGUGAAGAACAAGGUGUACUCGGUGCGGGGCCUUGCUGGAGAGAUACAUGCCACAGUCACGAAUAAUGUUAUCAUUUCGGAUGAUCUCUGCGUUAUAUCUACUGGUGGGCAUCUCAACCAAAACAACUCGGCGUCUUAUAAUGGCAUUAUGUUUGACAUUCGAAGCAAACGGGAUAUUUUACUGGAGGAGGUGUUUUGCGUUGCGCAGACAACAACAGACAACGUGAACGUGAAGGUGUUCUGGAAAGAAGGUAGCAUUGAAGGCGCAGAAAAGACACCAUCACAGUGGCAACAAGUGGUUGCGAAGGAUCUCUACCUUGCGGAUAAGCAACCAUUUUCUCCAGGUCUCCUUAAUCUACAACUGCGGGCUAACCAGAUGUAUGCUCUCUAUAUUAACACUACAUCAAGUUGCGGCGUUCGAUUCUACAACAGUAGCGACGGUCAUGUUGGUGACGUUGGCGAUGAAUUUGAGGAUGACGGAGUCGUGACGGUUUUUGUAGGGAAAAAGAGCGAAUCGCCAUUACCAUUUUCUGAAAUACCAGCAGAACCACGGGCGCUUCGUGGACGGAUUACCUACCGUGCUUUCAUGCAGGAAAUUUCGCUUGGUCUUAAUCAGGCUAUCUUCCCUGCGUUGAAGGGUUUUGUUGUCGCGCGUAUUCUUGCAGCACUGAUUGCAUACGCUGGUGGUACAACAUCAUGCACAACACCCUUUGAAGACAGUACCGUCAUUGAAACCCUCGCAAAACUUGCUACACCAAAAACCAAUGCUGUCUGUGACGCGGAAACAGCAGGAAAUCUGCUGAGCAGUAUGAUGAAGGAAUCGCUUGUGGAAGAGUUGCGUGAAGGCAUCCUGACACUGUCCCUUUCUGGUGGUGACAUGGCCAACUUUAGUUCAUUUGCCAAAGGUGAUUUGGCACUUGUAGCCAAAGAUGGGCAUGCAAGUUCAACAGGGAGACUGGUCCGGCUUCUGGAGGACCCUGAUGAAAAUUCCUGUGUGGUUGUGAAGGAUGAGACAGUAGCUACUAACCACUACUCGUUGUCGCUGGAUAGCCUGCUUCCUAUUAUUGAGUGCCAGGAUUGCCAUCAACCUUUUGGAACCACAAGAAUUUGUGGAGCAACAGGUAAAAAACACAUGCCUUUAUCAAGUGAAGAAGACCAGCUGAUUAAUAUUCUGAUAAAGUACUUCUCUCAGCGAGGCAAUGUAAGUUCCGAGGUUAGUUCCGCACAGGUCAGAUCACUCGUGCAAGAUCCGGCGUCUUGUGCCCCUUGCUUUGAUGAGCGAUUGACAAAUGUGUCAAAGAGAGCACACUGCCUGGGCGUGGUGCGAGAUGGUCACACGGUAGAGUAUACGGUGCCUCUUGAUAUUUUGUCGAAAGGAAAAGAGGACGGAGUGGUAGCUGGAUUUGUUUCCCAUUUCUUGUACAGCGAAUCCAUGAAGGCGUACGUCUCUCUUUCAUUUACUCCCACUGUGGAUUCAUGGAGUGUCGUGUUCCUCUGCGACCUCCCCUAUCGCCUUGCAGCCGACACACCUGUAAAGGUGUUUCUGGUGUCAUUGGCAGCAAUUCUUCAAGAUGGCAGCAAAGAGGACCUCUUGUCGUCACCAGCAACAUACUAUGUGGGUCGGGGAGGUAAGAUACAUCAACCGUUAUCAACACUCGCAUCUUCAUUACACUACUCGUGCUUGCAGAGAGAUGGCUGCAUUCAUCUUUGUUUGAACGUACAGGAGGCACCCUUGCCAUCUCUGACGCCAUCUGUACCGACACCUAGGGAACGUUGGCUGUGGGCGAACGGCUCGGAUUGUGUGGAGCUCCAGCCUACUAAAGCGUCCUUGUUGAAUGGAUGCUUUGGAAAUGCAAUGUGGUCAAAAGAUAAACCGAGAUUUUGUCAACUAACUGUAACAUCUGAAACAAAUGACAAUGUCUUCUUUUUGGAGGCACAGGUGACCAUUUCCAAAACCGUUAGCAAACUACUUUGGGAUGAAGGCCGCAAGCGAGUGAUUCAUCGCAGCUUCAGCAUUUCACGUGAUGAGGAGCUUAACCUUGCUUUCACCGUGGAUGGUGACUUCGUUGUGUAUGACGAAGAUGAUAGCAUUCGUUGCCACGUUGCAUUUGAUGAUCUUCAAUUGUCAUCAACCAAAUCUUUACCACCAACGAUAGCAAUUGUGAAUGUGGGAUCACAUCCUGUGAAGGCGCAUCUUCAAUGCCAAAAUUUUGCGAAGCCACGCAAAAUGAUGGAUCGUUCCGGCAACUGGUCUACUGAAUUGGGUUCAUACUCACCAGAGUGGGUUUCAUACGAUCCUCUCAAAGUGAUUGUUUCCAAAAAUGGAUUGACAGCUAGUUGCAAUGGCGCCUCUGGUCAAGCAGUUAUCGGUUCACAUCUCCCAGUCUCUGGGCUAUCAGCAUUUGUUGUACGGAUUGAACGCAGUGAUCGUGCACGUGGUGACUCUCUCGGGGCUGGGCAUUUUGCUGGAAUUGUGGUGUCAACUUUUGAUGAACUAGCGCCGCAUUUCGAGAUGCUGCGCAAUAGGGUUAACAGUAUAUGGGCAGUGCAGGAUGUAUACGAUACUGACUCUUUGCCGACCCAAGAGCGUAUGCCACCCAUUAGUGCCUCAGGCGACGAGCUGUUUUUGGCAGGAACGAAGUUGCGAUUUCUCCUCAACCGUGAAGACGGCACACUGUCAUUGGCGAGGGAUAAUGAGUCACCAAGAGUCGUCUUUCGAAAUAUUCCCCCAAACAUACCAUUGUCACCGUUUGUUCGACUUGAUCAUGCAAGGGCAUCCGCGACUUUGGCACCGCUUUCAUGUGGCGCUUGGGGUGACGGAGGUGGUGUUAUGACGCCGCCUUCCAUGAUGUUUACUUCACAUCCCGUGACACCUAGUAUUCUCCGCCGUUUUCCGUACAGUGUGGUACUCUCCAUGUUCGCUGUGUUUCGCGGCAUGAUAGGUCUUUUGCCUUCGGUGCAAGUUUCUGUCAUUGAGGACACAUGGGAUAACCGUUUUCUCUCUACAAGAUUUGGUUACCGAUUGUCUGUUGCGCUCCAGUCUCUUGUGGAAUUGGGCGCCUUCUCGAGGACGAUGGCACAUGCAUCUGAGGAAGAGGUGGAGCAAUUUUGCAGUCGCACCGAAAUGCAAAAGAUAAUCAAUGAUUUGUCACAGAAACCAGAUAAAUCUGUUGUUGUUCUAAGAGAUGCAAAUAACAUUGGUGAUGAUUUCGUUCUGCUCUUACCCGAUAGAUAUGAGGUUGUCGGACGGAUUGAGAAUAGCUUCAUGGUUCGCCUGUGGCACUUCGGUGAUGAUGGACCAAGUGAGCGAACCCUUCAUGUUUUUCGUCUCGAUGAUUCGGAGGCAUGUGUCAAGGCUUGCAAUGUUGUCACGAAACACCCGUGUGUAAUGUAUCAAGAGGAGAUUGUGGAAGGAGUGAAAGGAACAUCUUGCUGCGGUGUCAUUACUCAUGGGUGGUAUGACUGUACUUUGAGUUCCAUUUCCAUGAUGAAGUUUAAUGAACACCAACAGGGGGUUAUCGCAAAGUCGAUUAUGGGAGCAUUGGAGCAUUGGCACCUUCACUGCCUGCCACAUGGGCAUGUAAGUCCAGAAAACAUAUACCUGAGAUUAAGUGGCAAUGACGUCAUUUCAUGCGUAUUGUGGGAUGCUCACUAUGUAGAGCGUCAUCACAAAGGGGCGUCUCCUAGACUACGAUCCCACGGAAUACGUGACAUGAAAGGCGACAGAUGGAGUUGUGCUCAUAUUCUAAGCAGUUUCGCCUCAUUUUUAAGCGAAAACACCACAUUUGGAAGAGCAGUGGAGCUUAUGAAAAACACAGAAAAAAACAUAUCUGAAGUCCUAGAUGAAACAGGUACACUUGCAGAGGAGUCUAAAAAAACGGUGGAUGGACCUGUACUAUGUCUUCGAAUUGGUACAAAUCUGAAAGAAGGAGCUGGUUCGUAUAAUGGUAUCAUGUUUGAUUUGGUGGCAAAACGACAGAGAAUAAAAGUGACAAAACUGAGUUUUUUUCCAGACACAAACUCAUCGGCUCGAGUGUCGCUUUUUGUCCGAGACGGGACAUUCAUGGGCGUGGAGACUGAGCGGCAGAAGUGGCGACUUGCGCUACAGCGAGACAUGGAACUUGUUGAGAAGGUGGAGACUGAGGUGGCAGGUUUUUACCCUAUAAAUAUUCCACCAGGAGAGCAUGUGGCCUUUUUUCUUCAUACCACAAGUGGUGGGGGUGUCCUCUUCUAUUCUGAAGCCGAUGGUGUGAGAGCGAACAUGGGUGCAGUGGAGGAGGAGAAUGAAUACAUUGGCAUCACCGUGGGAAAAAAAUCAGAGAGUGUGACUCCCUUUAUGGGAAUUCAGAAUCAAAAGCGGGUCCUUAAGGGAAGUAUCACCUAUGCAUUAUCUAAACGGAACAGCGGAUACCGAAGCCAGAUAGUGGCCAGCCCCCAAGAGGUAAACAUCCCUUUGGGGCAUCGAGUUGGUAGGCCUGUGCUUGUGUUUGCGUCGCUUCAGGGUCUGAUUCUUGGUGAAUGUGAGGAAACAUGCCUUGUCUACUUCGUCGACGGACACACUGAAUGGGUGCAAUGGAAUUGUGUAAAGGAGAUCAGUUUCAAUGAAUCACCAGUUUGGGAAGAGCUUGAGAAAGGUCUUCAACAAAGACUGUUGGAGCGGCGGCGUACUUUCUCUGGCAUGCUUGGCAAAUGCUCUUGUAACAGACAGCUCCAUUUUCACAAGACUGUGCAGACGAAUGACAUGAGUGGGGAAUUGCAGCAGCGCAAUACGUGGUGGGUAUCUGAUCCUAUCCGUACAACCUCCAUGGUGUCAGUGUGGCAGGUUGAUGCACAGACGGAUGCCACGUUGUUUGUGGUUACUUCGCCGGAAGGUUCUCAAAUUGAUUUUUCAAACGGGAGGAAUAUUUUGGAACAUGGACAAACUUUUUUUUUCGUUGAAGAAUGGAGUCGUAGUGUGACUUCAUCAGUGGAGACACAAGUGGUGAUAAAACAAUUGCAGGAGAGCCUUUCAAAGAGCCCAUUGUACUUGGUAGUUGGUCCUGUGAAGGCUGACGCAGGAAAUGUUCCCGUGUCUGCUUUUCUCAGCAUAAUGAAUACUGCUUUAGCAGUAAAGGAAACGACAGAUACCACGGCAGUUGUCUCACUUGAUCUCGGUAAAUACUUGCAAGAGAAUUUUGUUCUAAAUGGUGCGGUACUGAGUUGCUGCACUGAUCCUCCGAAACCGCCUGUGUUUACUGGAACGUCAUCUAUUACGUGGCAUCGUGGAGUCCGCGUUACUCAAAUACCCUCUUUGAAGUUGCACAGUGAGAUCGAACCUGACCAGAAGAGCCAUAACAAAGAUGACGACGAAGGAUCACAGAGUGAAAUGACUCAAUUCUUCGUAGAACUCCAGCCGAGAGAAGGCUGGAUCGAUUCCGAUGUCAUUCUACACGUGCAAUCUCAAUGCCUUGAGGUAUCUGAUAGGUAUGUUCAACAAAUUGACCAUGGUGACCCCCCACUCUGCGUUGUUACGAAACCAACAUUUGGGGGGCCAGUGGCACACGAAGUGGAGUUGCUUAUUCUGAGUUCGAUACACCACCCUGUGCAAAUAACCUUUCAACACUCACCUACAAGUUGGAUCGUCAGUGUGCCUUUGCCCGUGCUUAAUCAAUUUGGAGAAUCUUAUCUUUCUCCAUCGGCCUCUGUGAGGAAUAUCCACCUGCGUCUUUUUGUCCUCCCUUGUGUGAAACGGGUACUUGCAUCGGUUGAUGGCGGAGUAAUGUAUGAGGUGCUUCCUGGAAUCAGUUACCCUUCUGAAUUUCACUUGGCGUUUUCUCUUUCUGGCCCAGGCUCUUCUGUGCGAAUCUUGCGAUGGCGGAUGAUGAACAAGGCUGGGUCAGCAAUCACACGUGAAACGCUGGAGACUAUUUGGGCGCAUCUGAAGCCUUUUAACAUUUCUCCGAAUAUUUCUCAUACUGUAGGGGUACUAACACGACAUUCACGAACCCCUGUAGGUGCACCUACUUUACGUAGCGGUGAUAUGAGACUUGUGUCACAGAUAGAAGCUGUUAUAAUUUCAUAUGCUAGGCAACUCCUUGGGACAGUAGUUGUGGCUUCCAAACCCUCAAAGGUACAGAAACGUCUUCAAUCAUUGCUACCAUUUACCCCAUUACGAGGUGAUUUAGUGGCUUUGGAGAGCCUGGUUUCUGCAGGUACACGGAGGGCAUCUUUUUUUUUGAUUGGAGAAGCUUAUGCAUGUCUUGCAACCCCAGCGGUAGGACAGAGCCUCGAAACGGUAGAGACAAGUGUCAACAUCAUUUAUGCCUCUCUAAAUAAUGAUGGCUUAUCGCGGGUUUUUUCAACUGCAUACGGAUCUACCUUGAUAUUAUUACUGCUUCGUACGGCAACGGUGUACACCCGAUCUGUUCGGCAUGUUGCUCUUCGCAGCGUUCUCAAGCUACUCAAGACUCCCCAUUGUGAUUUACCGUCUCAUGAGACUCUGUGUGCAUCUUUUGCUCCGUUACUGGGUAUGAUGAACGGACUAUGUCGAAAGGGGAAAAUGUCCUCUGUUGUUGUUCAACUUGGCAUCUCACUUAUUUGUGAAUUGAUUCGACGGUACCAGUUGGAGCGACCGACACUUGUAGCUCCAGGGAAAAACUCUGCGGUGCCCUAUGCCAUUGUCACUUGUACCAAAGUUGCGAUCGGUGCCAUUACACGCAAUCCACCAGUUCCUUUACCUGAGGCUUUCACUCAGGAACCCAAGGAAACCCAUCGCAUUAUUUACGAAUUGCGCUUAGGUCCUCCAUCCCAACAGGGAUUUAAGUCUUCCUAUGGUGUUUUCACUGAGACAUUUCGUUGUACAUUUGGCACCAAAAAGUUUCGAGUAGUUCUGGGUCCCACACGAAGCGGGAGCGUUGUUGUUGGUUGGGAUAUGGAUGCAGUUUUGCCUGGAUCUCGUCCUGGAAAGACUCCGCGUGUAGAAGAUGGAUCACCAAGAGUUGCGUUGCCGUCUAGUGGUUAUUUUAUUGAACCUAACGGUAAAAUAUUUAUCUGCAUCAAUCACACAAAAGAAUUACAACCCCUCAAAGUAAGGGCAAAGGCUGGAGACGUUAUUGCUGUUAAAUGCCUGUACCACGAGCAGGUUGUCAUCAUUGAUCUGUAUCGCAGUGGACGCAGUGAAAGUACGACGCGCUUUGAAACUUACCCGAAUGAAAUGCUGGCACUUCCCGUCUUUUACGCGGAGAGGGAAGGGGAUGCUACAUUUGACGGUGAGUCUCUUUCGGAGGUGUCUACGGGGAUGGACGUUGCCCAGCUGUACAACGACUUGCAACAGUAUCCAGAUCGCCCUGAUACCGCUGUUAUUCCGCAGUCGUAUGCAUUUUAUGCUGAGUUGGCUCUUUACUGUCAAUCUGUUCUUGGUCCAGAAGAAUCGCUUAAUUCCGUGGAAAGUGCUGCGAUGGUUACUGCCCAUUCACACGAUUUGGCUGGGUUCCCCCUUCUGUCGGCUUUCUUGGGCGUCAGCGCGUUCAGCACGGAGGUUCCCCUACAUACCUUGGUUCCAUACGUCAAGCGUCUGAAGAUCUUUGAUGUCUUGACUUCUGUUUUUUCCGUCGUUGUGGACCUUAGACGCAAAACGGAGCUUUUUGACUUGUGGAAUAAGUUGAAGGGCCUUUGUUCUGCUGAGUCAUCAGAGAAGAUUCAAAAUGAGACGAUGAGACCUUUUCGAAACCGUCCAGGUAACAAGGCCCGUGUGAUUAUUCACACAAUGCAGGCACAUCCCUCUGCGCGACUUGGACCAUAUCCAACACUCAUGCGCUCCAUUUUUGGGCAGCUGUUUGUGCAGCUUCAGGGAAGCCCCAUUUCGACCUUCUACGCCUCACCAAUGUUUACGGUGAAACUUGCAGGCUUUGGCUCCACUGACGCUGGUGGGCCGUAUCGUGAUGUUCUAUCGCAGCUGGCAACAGAGGUUAUGACGACACACCCGAGCGGCACAUUUCAGCUGAACCCGCUUUUUGCUCCAUGUGGUCGAGGUGGCCAAUCGGCCGUAAUGCCCAACGUGGCGUUGACAGUGGCCUCUCAAUCUUCUCUUAUGUUCGAGUUUUUUGGUAAGUUGCUUGCAGCGUGCUUUGUGACAAAGGAUCUUCUUGCGGUGGAGUUUCCGCCGUUAUUCUGGAAGUUCUUGCUCUCCGAAGAAACGUCGACGCGAGAUCUGGUAGCAAUGGAUCCUGACAUUUUGCGUCAACUGACACCAGAGGAAUUGAUGGAUCGCACCGCCGAUGAAUUGGAGGAGAGGUUUCCCGGCAUUCAGGAGAACUGGAUGAUGUUUUGUGCCGAAAACCCGGAAGUUGGCGCUGAGAUUGAUUUUCCCCCAAAUAACACACCUUCUGCCGAGCUACUUGCUGAACAGAUUUCCAUGCUCGAGCUGCACAGAUAUGACACGGCAAUGGGCUACAUUCAACACGGUUUCGACGAAGUGAUUCCAUUGUAUACACUAAAUGCCUUUCGUUGGCAGCAGGUGGAGCUGGGUGUGUGUGGGACGCCCAAAUUGUCUUACGACGCGCUACGUAAAGUAUGCGAAGUAGGAUUACCUGCAGGUGAUGCACAAAUGUUUCUGGAGGUAAUUUCAUCAAUGACGGAUGAAGAUCGAAUGCUGCUAUUACGCUUCACAACCGGACAAACAAGACUUCCGUUGAGGGAGGCAAUAAAGGUUCAACGUGGUGGAGCCCACAACUCUCUCCCAACGAGUAGCACAUGCUUCUUCACACUUCGUCUGCCUUCUUACUCUUCUGCUGAUGCAAUGCGUGAGAGAAUUCUGUACGCUGUUCGUCAAUGUAAAGCCAUCGACACGGAUGGUCAGGCACGAGAACACAUCGUUUUAGAUAGCUGA